UUUAAUAUAAAAUUUAUUAGUUGAGAAAUAAUAAAAAUCUUAUAGAUUAAAUAGACCGCAAUAUGUAAGUUUCAUUUUUCUACUUUAGAUAAAUCAUCAGCUCGCUUUAUUUUUCAACAACAAAUUACAAAUCUCACUCUUAUCAAUAAUGAUAAACGCAAUAUGGAUGAUUCAUCGAAAGCAUAUACUAUAAAUGUAUAUGCAUACAUCUUGAAUUUCUUCAAGAAUUUAAAAAAUCUAAGUAUCAUACAACCACAAUGGAUGUCAUAUCCAGGGUUAUCACUCGUUGAUUUACCAUUGAGUACUUUUUUCUCUCCAAUUCUAACUCAUUUAUCUAUUAGUGUAAAUACAUUUGAUGAUUGUCUUUAUUUACUUGAUGGUCGACUUAAGCAAUUGAUAAUGUUGUCUGUUAUUGUUUAUGUAAUAGACAAUUCCUCUGAAACUGUUCAUACUAUGGAUAAUUUACCUAAUCUGAAAUGUUUCUCAUUAAAAUCGUUCUAUCGAUUUAAACAAUAUGAUAAAAUUGUAUCACUUCUUCAUCGUAUGCUAUAUUUGGAAAAAUUAACUUUAUAUCUUCGUAUAAAAGGUCGAAAUAGAGUCAUCGAUGGUACUAAUAUUCAACAUGAUAUUCUUGAUUAUAUGCCACAACUUCAUUCAUUCACUUUCUAUAUUAGUACUUUUAUCGAUACAGUUGAUUUAUUUUAUAAAUUGUCUAAUGAAGAUAUUCAACAAACAUUAACAAAUAUUGGACAACAUGAUGUGGCUAGUAUGGUUAAUUAUAUUACUUUUGAUAAACCUGAAUGUUCGAU